CCGGUCUGUCCUGCGCGGGCAGCUCCUCUCCUCCUGUACCCUCGCCGUGCUGCCCGCCGCCAUGUGGGCCUUCCUGAGGACUGCCCUGCGGCCCUGCGCGCGCGCCGCUGUCCCCGGGCCGCGCGCCUACCACGGGGACGCGUUGGCCCCGAUGGGCACGCAGCUGGACUCGGGCUCUGCCCUCUACCAGGAGAACUACGAACAGAUGAAGGCCCUGGUGAAUCAGCUCCACGAAAGAGCACAGUACAUAAAGCUAGGAGGCAACGAGAAAGCGCGAGCCCGUCACACAGCAAGAGGAAAGCUCUUACCCAGAGACAGGAUCGACACCCUUCUUGACCCAGGGUCCCCGUUCCUGGAACUGUCCCAGUUUGCAGGUUACCAGUUGUAUGGCAAUGAGGAGGUGCCGGCUGGUGGUAUCAUCACGGGCAUUGGGAGAGUGUCAGGCGUAGAGUGCAUGAUCGUUGCCAACGACGCGACUGUCAAGGGAGGGACCUACUACCCAGUCACGGUGAAGAAGCACCUCCGGGCACAAGAGAUUGCGCUGCAGAACAGGCUGCCCUGCCUCUACCUGGUUGAUUCAGGUGGGGCGAACUUACCUCGACAAGCAGAUACGUUUCCAGACCGGGAUCACUUCGGCCGCAUUUUCUAUAACCAGGCAGUCAUGUCGUCUAAAAAUAUCACACAGAUAGCGGUGGUCAUGGGCUCCUGUACGGCGGGAGGUGCCUACGUGCCCGCCAUGGCUGAUGAGAACAUCAUUGUCCGCAGACAGGGCACCAUUUUCCUGGGAGGACCUCCCUUGGUGAAGGCGGCGACGGGAGAGGAGAUCUCUGCUGAGGAUCUCGGAGGAGCUGAUCUUCACUGCAGAACAUCUGGCGUCACUGACCACUACGCGCUGGAUGACCAGCAUGCCCUCCACUUGGCGAGGAAGGUCGUAAGGAAUCUAAAUUACCAGAAGAAACUGGAUGUGACCAUCGAGCCUUCCGAGGAGCCGCUGUUUCCUGCCGAUGAGCUCUAUGGAAUAGUUGGCGCCAACCUCAAGAGGAGCUUUGAGAUCCGAGAGGUCAUUGCCAGAAUCGUGGAUGGAAGCAGAUUCGACGAGUUCAAAGCCUUGUACGGGGACACCUUAGUCACAGGAUUUGCUCGCAUUUUUGGAUACCCAGUAGGAAUCAUUGGAAACAACGGAGUUCUCUUUUCUGAGUCUGCGAAAAAGGGUGCCCACUUCAUCCAGCUAUGCUGCCAAAGGAAUGUUCCCCUGCUCUUCCUGCAGAACAUCACUGGAUUUAUGGUUGGUAGAGACUAUGAAGCAGAAGGAAUUGCCAAGGAUGGGGCCAAGUUGGUGACCGCAGUAGCCUGUGCCAAUGUGCCCAAGAUAACUGUCAUCAUCGGGGGGUCCUAUGGAGCCGGGAACUAUGGGAUGUGUGGCAGAGCGUACAGCCCACGGUUUCUCUACAUCUGGCCUAAUUCUCGCAUCUCGGUGAUGGGAGGAGAGCAGGCAGCCAACGUGUUAGCCACUGUAACCAGGGACCAAAAGGCACGAGAGGGCAAGCAGCUCUCCAGUGCUGAGGAAGCUGCCCUGAAGGAGCCCAUCAUCAGGAGGUUCGAAGAGGAGGGGAACCCCUACUACUCCAGCGCCAGGCUGUGGGAUGAUGGCAUCAUUGACCCGGCGGACACCAGGCUGGUCGUGGGUCUGAGCAUUAGUGCUGCGCUCAACGCUCCCAUCCAGAAGUCUGAGUUUGGCAUCUUCAGGAUGUAACUCGAAGAGAGAAUGUCUUCUGUUGGACGUGUACCAAAAAGCAGCAACUAUAAUAGCCUUAAGAUUUUACACUUUUUG